AUGCCUAUCUCUACAGCUGAGAAAGAGGAAUUUCCCACAUUAUGUGAUCAAUGGAUUAGAGAUAGUGAAGGUUUUCUUAUUAUAUACUCAAUUUCAUCUCGGCCAACAUUUGAACGUGUAGAACGAUUUCGAAAUCAAAUCACUCGGGUCAAAGAUUCAGAGUCGGUUCCCAUUAUGCUUGUUGGCAAUAAAUGUGAUAAAAUUACUGAACGGGAAGUUUCACGUGAAGAAGGCAUUAAUAUGGCUCAGCAAAUUGGAUGUGGGUUUAUCGAAACCUCGGAAAAAACAUGUGUAAAUGUUGAAAGGGCAUUUUACACUGUUGUCAGAAUGAUUCGGGUUGGUCGUGAGA